UUGGAGUCCCAAGAUAUAUUUCUUGUGGUGCGAUCAAGAUGCGCGUGGUGGCAUGGCUCAUUUGCGAAACUUCAGGCGAUAUCCAUGGCCAGCUUGCAUCGCAUAAUACACCGACGACCGUCGGCGCUCAAGCUGCUGUCCAAGGUCCCCGUGGCCCGCGCCAUGUUCUCGACGUACCUGGAGCGCCCCACGAGUUUUCCGCUCAAAAAGGUCAAGGUCGUGCUGCUGGAAAACAUCCACCCGCGUGCGAUUGAGAUCUUCGAGAACGAAGGGUACACGAUAGAGACGUACAAGGGUGCAUUGUCUGGUCAGGAGCUCAUCGAUGUGGCUGGAGACGCCAACAUCCUGGGCAUUCGUUCCAAGACACAGCUCGACCGAUCGUUCUUCGACUCGAUCGGGUGGCACAAGCAUCGACUUUGGGCCGUGGGAUGCUUUUGCAUUGGCACGAACCAAGUGGACCUCGCGAGUGCCGCCAAGUUUGGCGUUCCAGUCUUCAACGCACCGUUUUCCAACACACGCAGUGUCGCGGAGAAGACGCUUGGCGAAAUCAUUGCGUUGCAGCGCAAGUUGUUUGAACGAUCGACGGACCUGCAUGCUGGCGUGUGGAAAAAGUCGGCCACUGGCGCCCACGAAGUGCGCGGAACGACCCUUGGGAUCGUUGGGUAUGGGCGCAUUGGGUCGCAGGUGUCGGUGCUCGCAGAGCUCUUGGGGAUGAAGGUCGUGUUUUACGACCCCCUUAAGUGUUUGCCCCUCGGUAACGCCACGCAACUGGACUCGUUGCAAGAGCUCUUGUCUGUGGCCGACGCUGUCACACUCCACGUGCCAGCCACCAACGACACGAGAAACAUGAUCAAUGCCGACACCAUCAAGUUGAUGAAGCCCGGCAGCUUUGUCAUCAACAACGCUCGCGGCACCGUCGUCGACUUGCAAGCCCUCGCCGAGGCCCUCAAGUCUGGCCAUCUCAGCGGGGCAGCAGUGGAUGUGUUCCCGGUGGAGCCCGCAAAGAACGGCGAACCGUUCUCGACGCCGCUUCAAGGCCUGACCAACGUGAUUUUGACGCCGCAUAUUGGUGGGAGCACGGAGGAAGCGCAGGGGAACAUUGCAGUCGAAGUCGCGUCCAAGCUGGUCCGUGCUCGAUUUCGUUGCCGUCUCAUGGGAGAGAUCGCUUGCAACAUGCUGAUGUAGGUGCGAUUCUUGAACGAGGGGACGAGCACGACAGCGACAAACAUCCCUGAAGUCGACCUGGGCCUGAUGUCGUCGGGCAAUAUUCGGAUUUUACACAUGCACCACAACGUUCCUGGCGUCCUGAGCAAGAUUCACUCGGUCUUGAGCGACUACGGCAUCAACGUGAGCGCGCAGUUCCUCCAGUCCAACUCGCAGCACAGCUACAUCAUCCUGGAAGUCGAACCGUUCCACGCCAAGCUGAUCACGCGCGAACUAAAACGGAUCCAAGAAACCAUCUUCCUCCGCGCGUUGCUGUGAGACGAAGAUGGCGCAUCGGGCAUAGAUAUAACCACGGCGUACAACACGAUUCUCGCCUCGCUCCACAACGUGAUGAAUGCUCCAAGCGAUCUCGGAAUCGCGCGGCGUGCAUGUUGUGCCAGUUCUCAGUGCACCAACCUUUCUCGACCUUGAGAGCGCUCUGCCAAGUUGGAGCGUCAUCUACGAACGUAGUGCAUGGCGACAGAGGUAGCAGGAAUGGCAGAGUUCGAUGGGCCAUCACCCGGCUGCAGGGAAGUGUGGGUUAUACAUGGUUUACGCUUUUGUGCAAGUAGAUGACGAGAUCGAGGCAAUGAGUAGGCAUCGCCGAGAACAGGUGCGUCGCAGUGGCUGUGUGUGGCCGAUCGAGGGCUGCCCCGAGACUCAAUCUGCCAAGUACACUGUCUUGGGGCUUGGAGACAAUUUAAGAGGCAAAGGGCUUGCACGAUUGCGACGAUAAAUAAGUUUGGCUGGUCAGGCGGAAGCGCUCAAACAGAACAAGUUCCGUCGGUGCGAGUGCCACCCUUCGAGCGUGAGCUGGAGGCGGCUCUUGUGGCUCACGCUUGUAAACUGGCGAACAAUUGCAUCGUCGUCGAGGCCCAAGAACGUUUCCAACGUUCGGAGGAACCGACAGCAGCUCUGGUUGCUUGCACUGGAUGCGGAGAACGUGCGGGAACUGUCGAAGAUUUCAGGGCGGUAGAUCUGAAGUUUGGCCACCACGGUCGUGACAAAAUGGGCGAGGGCGCGUUUUCGGGCUUGCAGGAGGUCGGGGGAACGUCGCCAUCGAAAGAGCUCUUUUCGAGGAAACGGAAUCGACUGCACGAUAAGAUGCAUGGUCCAGAACGGGCAUGAACCGAGCACACACGUGCACGCCGUUCGACGAGUGCUGUUGGAUACAUUCAGCAGCGUCUUGUAAAGCUGGCGCCAUUCCGAGUACGUUCGGGCGACGGUGUGCGACGGCAACGUGCCUAGAGCUUGGACAAAUGGACCAACUUUCGGCAGGACCAACACGACGUAGACGGGCGAUGUAGACGAAGCGACGUGAACGUCCACGACUUCGGCAUGGAUGUCGCGCAAAAUGCACGCUGUUGAGGAUGAUCCGCCGCACGCAGACGACAUGCACGUCGGAGGAAGGCUGUCGAAUGAGGCUGUCGAGGUCGCGACCGUGGCGGAACAACUGUCGUUGUGCGCUC